CGCCCAGGAUCCCGAGCCCCAGGCCGGGGAUGAGAAGCGAGCCCGCCCCGCCUGCAGCGUAGGGGAAGAGGAGCGGCUCAUGCAGUGUUUAAAAGGAGCCCGGGCAAGAGGGCGGAAGGGGAGAGAUGCAGGCUGUGCUUAAAUGGAGCCCGGGUUAUGUGGUGGGCACCGCUGAGGCACCCGGGACGGCUCUCCGCCCCACAGGGAUUCAGCCCCCGUGACAACAAAGGAAGGCUCGUGUUUGCUUAAACUGAUUUGGAUGGAGUCUCAGUAUCUGAAGCAAUGUCUGGGAAGCUGCUUGAAGAAAGGACUGGCAGAGGUUGUAGAGCGUCGGCCAGCAGAUCCAAUAGAGUAUCUUGCUCACUGGAUUUACAAUUACAGAAGAAACUUAGAUGAAGAAGAAAAGAGAGCACUGGAGAGAACUGAGCUGGAAAAAGAACGGGAGGCAGCCCUAGCAGAACUUGAAAGGUUAAAAAUCCAGGAAGAAGAGCAGCGGAAACUUGAAAAACAACGUCAGGCUCAGUUGAAGAAAGAACGUGAGGAGUUGGAAGCACAGAAUAAUGAAGCUGAAAUGCAGUUGCAGCAGGAAGAGGAAGAUGAAAGUAGAGUAGCUGAAGAUGGACCUGAAAUGCUUGUUUCUGAGGAGCCAGAUGAGAGCGAACCAAUUCAGACAGAUCUCCCAGCAGUAAUAGAAGAAGAAAGUUAGAACUGCCCUGAAAGCAGUAAAUAUGUUUUCUACUCAUUACUUGCUGAUCCUGAAG